UUCGAAAAACCCUACCAUCAAUCGCUUAUUUUGAUUCGGGUUCAAGUAGUUUUCCUUUGCUACGGCUUUAUCUUCAAUCUGUUUUGAGGGAUUUGAUUGUGUGGUUAGUGGCUAAAUGAAGGAAUAGGAAAAAUGAAAUCUUGAUUAUGGGUUUUGAUUUAAUUCCGAUGAUAUGUAGUAGAGGAGACCAAGUUUGCUCCUUUUCCAUUAUAAACUUGGAGGAGGAUUGAACUCGCUUCUUUGCUUUUGGUUGUCGAGCUGCCAAACUGGCCUUUAGGGUUCUGGGUUUUGAUUAUUUUGGAAUCCCUUCUUUAAUUCUAUGUUACCUGAAACUAUCUCCCAUUUUUAUGAAAUUUUGAGGCUGUUUCUGUUUAUUUAUUGUCCAAAUUGAAAUGUUUUGCAUAGUAUAUUGAGGAAAUGGACUACACCAGUGCUUGCUGCAAUUAUAUCAAAAAUGACAAUGGUAGCUAAACCAAAAUGUGUACUCAAUUUGGAUUACAUGGAACUUGGGAUAAGCUAACAAAAAAAUGGAAAUUAUAUCUUUCAUUAUUGUAAAUUAUUACCAAUAACAAAUCCCGUGGCAAAGUGCGGGUGCCAUUCCUAGUAUAUACUGAUGCUUCUCUGCUGUCGGUCGAAAACUCCCACUCCCAGUCUCAAGACUCUCCCCGUCUUCCGCUGUCCCGAGCUUGGUUCAGCCUUCCAGGCUCCAGCCGUGAGUCCUGGCCCUCCGCCACCUCCACUGCGUCUCUGCGACUUCUUCAAUCCCUGAGUCUCAGCCAGAGAAAAUGCCACUGGGGCUAAUAAUGGGGCUAGGAAGGGCAUUUCGUCGAAAGCGAACGGCAUCCCUUGACAUUCUUUCCCCCAAACGAGCCCCAAGGAACUUUUACAAGGGGAAGAACUGCAAGCCCACUGGUUUCCACACCCGAAAAGGUGGAUAUGUUGUGGUGCAGGACAAACUACCCAACUAUGUAGUCCCUGAUUUAGCUGACUUCAAGCUCAAACCAUAUGUAUCUCAGUGCCCCAAAGAGGUCAAGACUGCAGAGACAGCCGAAUCAACUAAAUAGGCAAAUGAGUGGCAAUUAUCUGAGCUUUCCUUUAUUGUUGUAAUAGAAAAUUAAGCUAGUCAUGUUCAUGGAUUUUGUUUUGGUUUUGUUUUGUUUUGUUUUUUUUAUCUUAACUGUACAAGAUUAGUGGGUCUGAUCAAUGUAGACGUUCUUGCUUGGAGGUGUGAGCCUCGACACUUUUCAAGUAAUAAGCUUCCUUGGUUUAAGCAUUGCUUGAUAUUUAUUCAAUUAGAAGAUAACUGGACUCA